UAAAAGCAGAGCGUGUGGGACGUCUGUUGUCAAGAAGCAAAUGAGAACGAUGGCUCUUCUCAAACUUCUUCUUCUCAUGCUGUGGCUUGGUCUCGCUACGAGCUCGGAGCUGCAUCGUCAGAGGAGAGUCAUUGGAGGUGCGACGUGUGGAACAACCGAGCGUCUGUACCAUGUGAAACUGGAGGCAAGAGGUGGAGAGAGUACAGGUCGCUGCGGAGGCUCUCUGAUCAGUCCCCAGUGGAUUCUCACUGCAGCUCACUGCUGGAAACCUGGGAGGACCAUGUCUGCAACCGUAGGAGUUCACCCGGGUCCAGGAGAGCAGCCGCAAGUCAUUACUGAACAUCACAUCUUUCAGGAUCAAAAUCGGAGGAGUCAUGACAUCAUGCUGCUGAAGCUGCCGAAUCCAUCCACGAUUACACCUGUGGCUCUUCCUGACUGUGAAAAUCAGCCCACCAUUGCCUCUGUUCGGGCAGCAGGAUAUGGUGCUGAUCAGAUGGGCCCAAUCGAUACGAGAAUACGUGGUAGGUCCAACACUCUUCAGUGUGCCAACUUUGACACUGUGGACUGCACAAGGCUCCGGAACAUUAUGGACUUCACUGACCCAGCCAAGCAGUAUCAGCAAUGGUUCUGCGUUCAAAGCCCGAGAAAGGAUUUAUGUCCCGGAGACUCUGGUGGAGGUGUGGAGUACCAAGACAAGAUUUAUGGAGUCAUUUCGUUCACUGGUGAUGCUACGUUCGCCUGUACCGAAGCAGCUGGCAUUAUGGACGUUUGCAGAUACAUCACAUGGAUCAACAAAACCAUCAAGCCCAAAAAAUGUAAAUUCAACUGUUUCACUGGAUAGCUGCAUAUAUUUGAAAAUGCCAUGCAUCUGCUUCAACUUCACUCUUUCCUAAUAUCGAUCUUCCAGAAUAUUGCUUGCUUAUAAAGUCUCAUCAUUACAGCUGUUGUUCUCUCCCGUCUCUCAGUGCAGAUGAAAAUAAAUGGAACUGCUUUG